AUCCUAGCAAAUUCUGUCCUGAAGUUUGUCCAAGUGGAGUUGCCGUUUUGGGCUGCCCAAGGUGGCGCCAAUUACGCACGCAUAAAUAGCAGCGACGUAAUGUCGCUCACUCACUAACCACAAGACACAAUGUUGCUACAGACAGUCAUCUACGGAUGUGUUCUGGAAGCAGGAAAAGCGGUGACUUUCAAUCCCAAGGACAGUGACCAUAACUAUACCCUGGAUCUCAGGAUGGCUUGUGUGGAUACCAGCACAAAAGAUGAGCUCCACACAGUGGCGGUGGAAAGACAGGACACAAGAGGCGAGAAAGUGGAAACAGUUCUUGUCUCUCUUCAGCGGUCCACUCUGCCCAGUGUUUUCCUCGGUGGUUUCACCAUCACAACCCCAACAGUUUUCCGUCUAAAGGCCGGUUCUGGUCCCAUCCAUAUUAGUGGACAACUUCUUGUCGAGGCCUCCACAAAGAGAUGGAUGGACUUUGAAGACAGGUUGGAGGUGGGCUUCCCGUGCCUGGCACCAGACACGGAGUUGCACACACCAGUGGUGCCUCCAGGUGGUGCAUCUGGGUGCACCACAGUUGAUGAAACACCCAUAUCUGGAGAUGCAGAACUGUUCACUUCCACAGUAACUGAACCAACUUCUGGUGAUGAGGACACGACAGAUGACUUGGCUCCUUCUCAGAGAUCCAGAGGACACAGUGAGACCACAGUGGCUGAGCUUCAGGUGUCCACUGGUCCACCAGUUUCUGUGUCCCAGGCACUGUUGGAUGAUGGGAGUGAGGGGGGAGAGCAGAGAGAGCUGGGAGUGUCGGAGAUGGCUUCCAAAGAUUCUGAAGAUCUAUUUAAGACUGCUGAGGAUGAUGCUAUUGAUGUCCAACCUGAGGUAAUUCAGGAGGAGAAUGCACCACCACAAGCCCUGCCUACAGGACAGGGCUCAAUAGAGUCCAACCGCCAAUUGAUGCAGCGAACAAAUGAAGCCAUUGUUAAACUUCAACAGGCCCUGCUAGAAGCAGUUGAGGACUUCCGUGCCUAUAUUAAAUAUAAGCCGGAAGUCCAACACCCGCCAACAGGCAGAAAUGUCAGAAGACUCUACACGGAGGAGGAGGAUGGGACAAUUUUAAAUUUUAUAAAAUUGCAAAAAAACCGGCAAAAGUGGACAUGGAAGGACAUGGAGGCAAUUUUGCCUAAAAGAACGGGCAACUCGAUUAGACUCAGGUACCAAAGGUACCUGAGUCACAGGAUUGAAGAUAAGGUGAAUAUAACAGACUGUAAUUUGGUUGAUGAUUGACUGACUCAGCUUGUAAGUCUGUUUGGAUAAAAGCCUCUGUCAAAUGUAUUGUAAUGUCCUUUUGAUGUUCAUUUCUUCACAGGUCAGUACAAACAAGUGAAGACCUCCACCUCCAUGUAUAUUUUUGUAAAUAAAAUUUUUUUUUUUCACAAUGUUUAUUGUUUUUUCUUUUUUG